AUGAAGGGGUGGCCCUGCCCGUGCCCCGCCCUGCCCCACUUCUGGCAGCUGGGGUCUUGCUACAUGGCCGAGGGCUCCGGGCCUCGGGCCCCCCCGAAAGGGCCCCUGCUUAACAUCCAGCUCCUUCGAGCCCAGUAUGAAGGCCUGAGACGGAAGCAGAGGACCCAGGCCCACGUCGUGGUGCUCCCGAAAGGAGGGAACCUGCCCACCCCAGCCGAGUCCAUGGUCAGUGCUGUUUGGAUUAACAUGGAGAGAAGGCAUUCCUUGACCCCAGAAGAGGCGGCUCCUGAGGCAGAGGAGACGCCGGAGGAGGAUGACAGGGGCUGUCUCCAGACCCCCGAGUCUCCCUGGCACACGCACCUAGAGAGGCACCGCCUGGUCCAAACCUUCCACCCGGGAACCAGUCUUCACGUAAAGCACAAGGACAAGUUCACGGGGUCUGGGCAAAGGCUCCCAGGCUUGUUUGAAGACACGCAGAUGACUCAGCAAGAAACCACCAGCCCAGGACCAGCCCAGCCUGAGUGCCAAGCAGACAAGUCACAGACAAAGGCAGUGGGAUCUGGCUUCCACGUGGGCACUCAGGGCCCUCCUGCCAUAAAAAGGUCACACCGGGCUGGAAAACCAGUUCACUAUCCAUUUCCCCAGAGGAAAACUCCCAGGAUCUCCCAGGCCGCCCGGAACCUGGGCUUAUAUGGUCCAGCCUGAAGCUCUCUACUCAGAGGUCUCAACUUUGAGGCCAUGUAUGGCCUCAUAAAGGAACCUGGGAGGCAAAGGCACAACUAAGGCCUGGAGCUGUGAGCAGAGCUGAAUGACAUCAUUGUAGGUCAGACUGUGGGAAACGAACUUCACAGCGGGCACAGGGUCUUGUGCCUCAAAAACAAAAAGAAAGACUGCCCAGACCAGACUGCUCACAGCUCAGGAGGAACGAGUGCUGUUCCAUCAACACAGCCCCAUUCUGCUCACAUAAGACGACAGUGCUGUGGACAUCGGCUCGGUCCCUGGAUCUAGAGAAUUCUGAAACAGAGACCCUAGUGGAUGGAAGCCUCAGCAGUGCCCUGGAGUCAACAGCAUGGGCAACCAUGUUUUCAGUAACUUCUGGGACUUUCUCACAUGUUCUGGAGAAGAGGAGCUCUGAGAACUGCCUCCUUCUGGUUGCUAUGCCUGGAGGCCAGCACACUAAGUCACUCCCUUCAUUCAUAGUGACCACAGCAUUUCCGCCCCCGCCUCGCAGAGUAUAGUCACCCUAGGUAAAAAGGGUCAAAACGAUGCUACCUACUGUUCUGUGUGUUGAAGGGUCUUUAGGAAGAGUUGGUCAUCUCUCCCCUCUCACUGAGACUGUACAUUCCAGCCUCAUUAUAGAUUUAUUUCCUUUUACCCUUCUCCUUCCAUCCUUCCCUUCCUUCCUUCUUUCCUCUUUGACUUCUCUCUCCUUCCCUUCCUCAAUCUCUCUCUCUCCAAAUUAAACAUUGCCCACCACUGAAGAUAUAUACUAACAGAAGCCUCAGAGAAGAAAACAAAGAAAUGUUCCUGCUUGGAAAGUAUAUGUUCCUCAAAAACGGCUCCCUUUUCAGCCACAUUUGAAUCAUUGAGAUACUUCCUGGUAUAUUUUAAACCAAAGUGAAAUAAUACUGUUACUUGGUUAUUGGGGAAGAAAGUAUCUUACCUGGUUAACUUUAAUCAACACACUUAAACACACCUAGGGUGACUUUUCCUCAUGCUAGAUUCUCUCUCUGUAAAGUUUUACCCACAUCUUCCUUUUUUCCCAAUGGUGAUUCAGUCUUGCCCACCCACAUGGAGAGUUGUUAGCUAGGAGUGUCAUUUUCUCUCAAAAACACGUAUGUGCCUUCUCCUUGAACCACCCAGAAACUCCCUCCAACUUGGGGAUUCAUUUUGAUUCUUUUU